AUGCCAAAGAACAAUAAAGCUAAAACUAUCAACUCAUAUUACAAGACAACAGAUUUGGAAAAAGGAAUGACUUUUGGAAGAUAUAAAGAAGGACGUAGCUCCUAUGAGAUUUCAGAUGCAGAAGGCAUAUCCCAAUUAACUGUUUAUUGUAUAAUUAAAAAAUAUGAGACAAAGAAGACGUGUGCUGAGAAGGAGCAUCCUAAGACCUCUAAGAAGCUAUCACCAUGGGCAAUUCGUUAUUUGAAUCAAACAACAGUAUGCAAAUAUCUGCAUGAUAUGAACCUUCGCUCUUGUGUUACUGUAGCCAAGCCUUACCUAGAUGAAGCACAUAAGAGGGCAUGCUUGCAAUGGAAAGGUGGGCAGCAAUAUGUCUGGUGUCAGCUGCAUGAGAAAUAUGCCAGUGACUGUCUGAUACCAGCAGUGCAAUGGUUGGGUGGUUCAGUAUCAGUUUGGAGAUGUAUCUGGACAGAAGGUAUUGGCCCACUCGUUAUAUUAGAUGACUACAUGACAAAAGAAAUGUUUGUUCAGACACUGAGGAACAACUAUCUUUCUUUUCUUGCUGCCCUUUCAGACAAGAACACCACCACCCACCUUCUCCAAGAAGAUAAUGCCAAGCCACAUAAGAGCAAGUUGGCAGAACAGUGGAAAAAAAAAGAAAUAAUGUGGCUAUCUUAUCAUGACCUGCAAAAGUCCAGAUCUCAAUUCAAUUUAGAAUAUGUGAAGCUACCUUGA